CCUUUAUUCUCUUUAAGAUGCCUCAUUCCCCCCGCCCCUUUAUUCUCCCUACAUGAGGUCACACUCCCUCGGAUCCGCGCCCCUUCCCCACUCGAGGCCACGCCCCUGCAGACCUCCUUCCCUUUAUCCACCUAUGUAGGACCGCUCUCACACAAGGCUCCGCCCUCCCCACCUCCUUUAUUCUCCCCACAAGAGGUCACGCCCCCUCGGACCUCGCCCCUUCCCCACACGGGCCCCGCCCCGCAGACGGCCCUUUAUCUACCCUACGAGCAUCCCGUCCCUUAAAACCACCACUCACCUUUAAUCCUCCUCACACGAAGCCCCACCCCCUCUAGACGCCCCUUUACCUAUCUACGUGAGGUCCCGCCCCCUAGAAUCGCCCUUUUAUUCUUCUCCAAUGAGGCCCCGCCCUCUAGGACCGCCUCUCCUUAUCCUUCUUAGACGAGGCCCCGCCCUUUCAGGCAUUCGCGGCGGGGCAGCUCGGGAAGCGUUGGAGUCGUUGGUGGCCGCAGCUCGGAGUUCGGAGUAAUGCAAGGCUAAACGGACUGGGAGCCGGAGCCGUCUGGGAUGAGACAGGUCCCGGCCAGCUCGAACACUUAGCCUUGUUACCUGCUUUAUUGACUGUUGGAGAGCACCUGUCUGCCUCUAAACACGCCCCACAACAUGUUUUUAAUUCAGAGGUGUCUCUGCUCUCUCAACAAUAAAGCAGAACUACUGAAGAUCAUUUGUGCUUCAGGAUGCCCUCGUUUUUCUACUUCUGCUAAAAUGUCUAAGAAGUUCAAAAAUGCAAGACGAAUUGAAGGACUUGGUAGUAAUGUGUGGGUUGAAUUUUUUAAUCUAUCUGCACAUCCCUCUAUUGUGAAUCUUGGCCAAGGCCAACCAGAUAUAUCCCCUCCUGCACAUAUUAAAGAAGAGCUAGCCAAGGUUUCAGCAAUUGAUUCAAUGAAUCAGUACACACGAGGCUUUGGUCAUCCAUCACUUGUGCAAGCUUUAUCUUCUCUAUAUGAAAAUUUUUAUGGCAGAUCAAUUGAUCCAAAUCAUGAAACAAUAGUGACAGUGGGAGGAUAUGGAUCUCUUUUUAAUGCUAUACAAGGAUUAGUUAAUGAAGAAGAAGAAGUGAUCAUUGUUGAGCCUUUCUUUGACUGCUACGAGCCCAUGAUAAAGAUGGCUGGAGCAAUUCCUGUCUCUCUCCCCUUACGCCUUAAACCUACUAAGGGAAAAGAUUGGACCAGUGCCUCAUGGAUAUUAGAUCUUGAAGAACUGGAAAGUAAAUUUAGUUCAAAAACCAAAGCUCUUAUAAUAAAUACUCCACACAAUCCCACUGGUAAGAUAUUUUCCAAAGAAGAGCUUCAAGGAAUUGCUGAUCUUUGUAUUAAAUAUGACAUCAUUUGCAUCAGUGAUGAGGUUUAUGAAUGGCUGGUGUACACUGGACGUAAACACACUAAAAUAGCUACUUUGCCAGGUAUGUGGGAAAGAACAAUAACAAUAGGAAGUGCUGGAAAAACAUUCAGUGUAACUGGCUGGAAGCUUGGUUGGUCUAUUGGUCCCAAGAAUCUCAUAAGACAAAUGCAGAUUGUCCAACAAAAUGUCAUUUAUACUUGUGCAACUCCUUUACAGGAAGCUUUGGCUCGAGCUUUUUGGUAUGAAAUAAAACAACUGAAUGAUCCACAAUGCUACUUUUAUUCUCUGCCCCGGGAGCUGGAAGGGAAACGGGAUCGGAUAAUUCAGUUACUGCAAAAAAUUGGAUUGAAUCCCAUAAUCCCUGAAGGGGGAUACUUUGUCAUAGCUGAUGUUUCAGUGCUAAAUAUAGACCUCUCUGAAAUGAAGGAAGAUGGAUGUUAUGACUAUAAAUUUGUGAAAUGGAUGAUUAAAAAUAAGAAAUUAUCAGCCAUUCCUGUUACAGCAUUCUGUAGCAAGUACAAAAAAGAGUUUGAGAAAUAUGUACGUUUUUGCUUCAUUAAACAAGACAGUACCCUAGAUGCUUUCGAGAAGAUCAUCAAGAACUGGACAAAGAAAUCCUAAUUUUUGCCAACCUACCACUUGUGUGGCUUUUGUAAUUUGACAAAAUGAAGUUGCUGCCACCUGCUGGAUACUGAAAAAUAAAUCUUUUAGUACAAAUAA